AUGGGCGCAGACCUCAGCCAGUCAAACCCCUCCGCCCAGCUUUGCGUGGUGCGCGCAGCGCACAAACCCUCCCUUUUCGCAUUCGCGCCCGCUGCCAGCACCCUCGCUCGGCCUGCAGGUCCUCAGACGCCGGUCCUGUCCUCGUGCAUUUUGCUGGCUGUGCACUGUUCGCUGGCCACGGCCGAUGCGACAGCCACUGGCAGAGAAGGCGCGAGGGCGUCGGCGCUUGGUGCGUGACGGCGUGCCCAACUCCAGCAAAUUGAGUGAGUGGAUGCUAUGAGUGCAUGCAUGAUCUGUGUAAGAUACUUGGCCACGAGCGAGGGGAACAGCGACGGAGCAGAGCUGCUGCCAUCUGAUGCCUGGGUGGGCAGGUGGGCACCUGCUGGCUGCCCACUGUGCACUGUGCGGGCAUUCCGCCUCCUCCCCCUCCCCACCCCCCUGAGCGAGGACCCCGUCCCGUUGGAGCGACGCCAGAUCGAG